AUUCAUUUUCUGUUCAGGUGUGACUGAUUUACACCUAUAAAGUUGUCCAAAUUCCCCCAAGGGACUGACUGUUCAUUAUUUAUGAGCAGGGAGAGGGAGGUGCAAAACAGGGGAGGCACUUCAAAUAUUUUUUUAAGCACUGGAGGGAGUUAUGUCUUUUUUAUUUGGCCUAGGGGAGGGACAGUCAUCUUUACACUACAUGUUACAUUAACGUAAAGUCUCCAUAUCUAAUUCACUGCACAUUUUUGCAGAUCUACACACACACACACACACACACACACAAUUAGCUUUUGCUGCCACUCGGUGUUAAAGGUACAAAUUACAGAUAACCUAACAAGCAGGAGUGCCACAGAUAUCCAUUCCCAUAAGAAUCGACCUCAUUGGCCAAGUAAGUGUGCAGACAAUUAUCUCAGCCAAGUAAUAACUAUUUAAUUUGUAGAUGAAGAGCAAACCCCCUGAGCAGUAGACGUUAUGUAAACAUCGUCUCUUCAGUGUCAUCACUGUGUCUGCCACCUUGUUCAGAAUCCAAAAGUUUAGCUUAGUGCACGUCAUGUCACGUCAGCUCACACAUUGUAAAUGUUGACAUUUUGCACGAUACAGUGAGUGUGAAGUGAAGUGAAGCCUUAACUUUAGCAUUAAUGCACUUUAACUUUUUCAUUUUUAACAAGUGAUUUUUUUUUUUUUUUUGCAUUAGAGAUUCUAUGACAACAAUUUAUGAUGAUAUCCAAGAGAGACAUGUGAAAGUCUACUUAUCAGAACAUUCCAAGCAGGCCCCAGCCAGAAGCAGAGGUGAGGGCUACUGAAGGACUAUGAGUUCAGAUAGCUUCCCCCUCAUACAUACAUUUUCACUUGGGUCGCCACCUAUCCUGUAUAAUGCAGGAUUGUCACGCAUUGAAAAAUAAAAUUCAAUGGCCCUUACUGAAUCAAUUCAGGCUGUGAUUUGUCCUGCACAUCUGAGCCCACCCUCUAAUUCAUAAACUGGUUUCACAAGCUUGGAAUGACAUGAGAAACAAUAAAUCCAAAAGAGUUUCACAAAACAAAAAAAGUAUUAUAUCAGAAUUUGUGGACGAGAAUGACAGAAUAACUAGUAAGUCACUCAGUGUCGUUGUUGCCAUGGUUACAGAGACCCAGGCGCUCUGUUUUUUUUUAAUUUCAGGUGAGUCCAAACCAAGACUCAGUCAGUCCUGUCGGAGGAAGGAGUACUGCACAAUUCAGGAUGAAAUCAAAAGAUCAUGAACAGGAAAAUAAGUGCAAGAUGAAUUAAACAGAUCAUCAAGAAAUCCCAGCAGCUACUGUACCUCUUAAGAAAAAUGAGGAAAUUUGACAUGCUUACUAAUAUCCUCAGCUGUUACAGCUGUACAGUCUAGAGUGUCCUCACCAGUUCAAUCAGGAGCAGUCUGUCCAUCCAUUCAGGACACUUACAACAGCAGGGUCAUCAGGAGGGCCAACAACAUCAUCAAGGACAGCACACACCCCAACCGCAGUCAAAUCUGGCACAAAUGUCCACUUGGACUUAAGGAUAAUCUCAUUAGACUUGAGUGGUCAGCAAUCAAAGGUCACUGUAACCUCACCAAACAUGUCUUUGGCCAUAACUCAAGCAAUCAUACACUGAAUAUGACAAAAUUUCCCACAAAUGACUGAUAGGAUAAAAUGUUGAAGUGAUAACCUUAAAUAUCCAAAAGGUCAAAGGUCAACUUCACUGCGACAUCAUACUGCAAAAACACUUUUCUGGUCAUUAUUCAACAUCAAAACUCAGGAACAGAAGGGGAGACAUUUGGUCAGAUACUGACUCAGUGACACUAAUCUUGGGUGUCCAUCUUGACACUCUGUUGUAUAGAUCCUUUACAACUACUGUAACUGCAACUUAAACAGUUCACUGAGGCAUACAACUGUGAGGCAAUAAUUCUAGUUUACGCAGAUUUUAAGGUACAGAUGUGUGAGUUUACCUCACAGCAAAAUAGCUCUUAACCUAAGGACAGGUGAUUUAGCCUAGCAUCAGUUUAAAAAGAGACUCAACAAGUCGCUAAAAGUGCUCUUUCUGAAUGGGGCAGGUUUCAAUGUAAUGUAAUGUAAUGUUCUAUAAUUUGAGGUAUAUUGUAAUGUGUAACUAACUAAUGUACAUUUUUCCCAUUUGUUCAGUCAGGUACACACCAGCCACACAAAAUGCCAGAGGUACAAAGAGUUAAAAGAAAAAAACAAAAUCCAGGUAAAGCAGCAUAUAUUUGGUUUGGUUUUAAAGUCUGAUGUUGUUAGUGCUUUUCAGAGGCUGCUGCAACACUGUUAUCUGUGUCUUGGGAGACUGCUUUGGUGUGGCACUCAUGUCACACCUGACAGGAAACAAAGUGGGAGCACAAGAGAGCGAGAACAGGAAAUGACAAGGUACAAGUUUUAAUGCUUAUUAUGAGUCUGUUAGCAGAGUAGAGCGGCAGAUAUCUUCUUCCUAAAAAUAAUCUGUUGUGCUGAUCUUCUCACACCACCGAUGACCAUAUUGUGCUUACCUUACUAAAAUGCAUGACAGUGAUGCUGAGGACCACAACCCAGCUGAGGUCUGGAACACAUGAUAAAUCAGGCAGACUCUGAUCAUGUUGUCGACUCCUUAAAUUCCUAAAAAUAGUCUAUUAUAUGGAUCUUCUCACACCGUCAAUGACUAGCCUAUGUUGUGCUUAGCCUUAGAAGGAAUACUGACAGCGAUGCAGAGGUCUGGGAGUUUGAGACUUCUGCGUAGUAUCUUAGCUGUUCCUAGGACUGCACUCUUCCUGACAGAGACCUCAGAUGUUGUACCAGGAAUCUGCUUGAGCCACUCUCCUAGUUUGUGGGUCACAGCUCCGAGUGCUCCGAUUACCACUGGCACUACUGUUGCCUUUACUCCCCACGUCUCUUUUCAGCCCUUGGUAUUUUUCAGGCUCCUGAUGUUGCUGUUACUUGUGAUUGCUACAUCUAUCACCACUGCCUUCCUCUGUUGUUUGUCCAUCAAUGCGAUGUCUGGUUGGUUAGCCAUCACCAGUUUGUUAGUCUGGAUCUGGAAGUCCCACAGGAUCUUAGCUUGGUCGUUCUCAACCACCUUAGGUGGUGUCUUCCACUGUGACCUUGGGACUUCCAGCCCAUACUCAGUGCAGAUGUUCCUGUACACUGUGUCAGCCACUUGAUUAUGAUGUUCCAUGUAGGCCCUGCUAUUGUGCUGAACUGUCUCAGGAGCAUCUUUGCACAGCCCGCACCUGGGGUCCUGUCUGGUGUGGUAGACCCCUGCUUCUAUAUCAGCCUCUAGGUGCGAUAGCAGUUGUCAUUUGUGGAUGUUGGAACACUGGGAUAGGUGUUGUUUCCUUCUCAGUCUAGAUGUUGGGUUUCAUCCAUAUAUCCCACAUCCUCUGCAUGUAGCCCCUCUCACUGGGGUAGGUUGUAUAGUAGCUUUCCAACAGUUCCAUAUUCUCUGCUCUCGUCCAUCCAUGUCUUGUUUCAGUAGCCCAUUUCUCAUCAGGUUGCCCUGGUUCUCCAACACCCGACGUGGACCUUGUUGACCCGGGCGACGUCCAAGCUGGUAUGACUCUUGUUUUUGUGAUUUCACUCAUCCUAAGGAAGGCAGCAUUAUGGACCUUGCCUAAGGGUUCGGACUGGAUAUUUGUUACCUACCCUGACCAGGAUUCGAAUCCUGCAUUCGAGUCAGCAUAAUGACUGACUUGUAACAGAGUAUUUCCACAGUAGCAAGCUGAACAAUGCAAAACCAAUAGGUGGUAUCAGUUUUUUGGUCACUGAGUACUGCUGUGACGAACACAAGUCUAAACUGAGAAAUGGAGCUGUUUUUUCUGAAGUGCUAAUGACAAACAUGGCAGACAGAGGUUGCAUUAUGUCACCAGGAUCCCCUCCUAAGUAUCACACUACAUACAAACAUUAUCAUUUGAUCACUGUCCUGAUCCUCUGCCACGCCCGGACUUUCCAGUGGUCCAACCGGGGCAGAACAGUUUAGACAGUAACCCAAGCCAGAACAAACUGAGGAGCUAAAAAUACCAACAGUCAACAAUCCGGCUGCUGUGGGACUGAGACAGCGGGCAUGGGAGGGUUAGACAGGCUGGCAGCGAGGGUAAAAGGAUAGACAGCUGGGGCAAAGAGAAGUUGUGAGAGCGAGGACAGAAAACAGAGAGAAAAUACGACUACAAACACCAACAAAACCAACAUCCAGAACAUUCCCCACCUAUCUCUGCUUGUUAUCCUCUUCUUUCAUCUUUGAUAUUUUACUCACCGCUGCCUGGAGGGAAUGAACUUUGCUCUCAGGCCUCCAUCAGCAGGCAGUUCUGGGCCUGGUGCAGGCGGAGGAGCCACCAUGGAGAACCUAGAGAAGCAGCUGAUCUGCCCGGUCUGCCUGGAGAUGUUCUCCAAACCUGUGGUCAUCCUGCCCUGCCAGCACAACCUCUGCCGCAAGUGUGCCAACGACAUCUUCCAGUCAGCUAACCCACUGUGGCAGUCCCGCGGCUCCUCCACCAUGGCUUCCAGUGGCGCCCGCUUUCGCUGUCCAUCGUGCCGCCAGGAGGUGUUGCUGGACCGCCAUGGGGUCUACGGUUUGCAGAGGAACCUGCUGGUGGAGAAUAUCAUAGACAUUUACAGGCAGCAGGAGUCCUCCAGGCUUGUGAACAUGAAGCCAGAGCAGCAGCAGCAGCUGCUGUGUGAAGAACAUGAAGAGGAGAAGAUCAAUAUCUACUGCCUGUCCUGUGAGACGCCAACCUGCUCCAUGUGCAAGGUGUUUGGAAAACACAAAGACUGUGAUGUCGCACCGCUCAGCAGCGUUUACAUGAGACAGAAGACAGACCUGAGUGACAGCAUUGCGAUCCUGGUUGCUAGUAACGACCACGUCCAGGCAGUCAUCUCUCAGAUGGAAGAUAUCUGCCAGGCUGUGGAGGAGAAUGGUCGGCGACAGAGAGAGCAUCUGGCUGACAGAUUUGACAACCUGGUUGCCAUCUUGGAUGAGCGGAAACGGGAGCUGGUGGGGCUCAUUACCAAACAACAGGAUGACAAACUCAAACGUGUUCGAUCUCUCAUUAGUCAGCACAGUGAUCACCUGGAGGUCGCGGUGACGCUGGUGGAGUCGGCCAUUCAGUCGAUGGAGGAGCCACACAUGUCUUUGUUUGUACAGAACGCCCAAGUCAUACUGGAAAAAAUGGCAGUGACAGCCCGGACCUCUAAUAUGGAGCGUCCAGAGCUUGGUUAUGAGAGUAUGAGUCACUUCGUCAUUGAUACUGACGACCUCGCUGCCAUGCUGAAAAACAUUGACUUCUGCUCUGGUACGCACAGAGGUGUGGGAGAUGAUGGAGAAGAAGAUCCGGACGAAGGUGUAGAAGAGUCAGAAGUUGACUUCUUCUCCAGAUAUUAAACCCAGAACUGAGGUCCCUGCUGCAGUCCUGGAGGAAUGUAAAACAGAGACGGAAAUAGAGGUUUACCAUAAUCCUCUGGAGGAAAUCCAUGCAGUGUUCAAGAGUGAAUUCAGCCACAUGAAAACAACAAAGACAACAUGAAAAAAAAAACACUAAAUGAUUGAUUGAAUUUACACCUUUCUUUACGUUAUCCAUGUGAGUUUCCUCCUGCAGCAGACCACAUGCAAGACUUGGACAGAUUUUUGCCUCCCACAUUGUUGCCUUUUGUUCGGUAAAUAAAAAAUCCAGUGUGUUGUGUGUAAAUAUAUCUAUCUGUGUAAAGCUCACAGGAAAUGUAUACUGUGGAUUUAGCACUGUAUUCUGUGUUGUGGGAGGGUAAAAAGAUUUUGCUCAUGUGUUUCUUCAGGAUUUAAAGCCCUUAUAUAGCUUUUCUGUCACAAUACCUCCUAAAGGCGUCUGUAAAAGACUACAGUUUUAUAAUUCUUGUCAGAUGUUAUGUAAAAAAAAAAAAAAAUGUGUGAGGAUUAAAGUCAGUGAGACAGAGAUGGUUCCUUUCUGAGUAGACCCAUUUUAACAGGGUGUGCUUGCAGCUCAGAACUGAUGGUAAAUUACUUUGUCAAUGCAACAACAUAUUGUCCUUUUUAUAUUUUCAAAUAGAAGAAGAGAAUUGUCCUUUUUAAAUGCAAAAAUACAGGAAAAUGACACCACCAGUGAACAGGAUGUAAAGCUGAAAGAGUGGGCAGAUAAGCUUAUUACUGUAGGUAGUAUUACAAAUGACUGUGGGAGGGAUUUCCAAAACAAGCCUUUCAGAACUACCCAUACGUUGCAUAUGGACAUUCUCUGACUUCCUACCUCUGUGGUGGUGAAGGUUUUGUUAGAUUUGGGCACCUGACUCUGCUUUGUUUAAGGAAGAGGCUCAUGAUAUUCUGUAUUUCUUUUAUUGUCAGCAUGAAUAAGAAAAAAACCCAACUAUGAAUUGAUACAUAUAAUAUGUAUUGUCUUAUUCCUUAGUGUCAUAGAACUCCAUUGUUGUCCAAAAACGACAUCAAUUAGCAAUGCUGCCAUAAAUACUCACAAGAGCACCACACGUGGAUUAAUCCACUACACACUGAAAAUAGUCCCCAUAAAAUGUGCUGUUCACUCCUGUUGAAGUCAUGUUUUUGGACAGAAAUGCUAACAUGCUAAGCUAUGGUAAACAUUAUUCCCGCUAAAUAUCAGCAUGUAUACAUGCAUACGUUGGCAUGUAGCCGAGAGGCAACCCCCAGGGCUGAAAAACAAAGCCAACAUGAAGUGCCAAAAACUGCAGUUCCUCUAAUGGCCACUUGAGGCUGGAGCAAGUCAAUCCCUACAAACACACAUUAAAGCACCCAACUUUACUGGAGAAAUGUUGUUGUUGUUGAAACAUGUUUACAGCCACGUACCCUCGUUGAAUGUUUGUACGAUAUCUCACAAAGAUGCACACACAACAGUUUGUAUGAUAUCCUGUGAAUUAGCGCCCCAUGAAUGACAUUAUAUCAUAAUUAACGUAAAGUUACGUAAGUUAGGUUUAUGCAAGUAAAGUUAUUGUGGUUAUGUUUAAGAAAAAGAAAUAUGGUAAGGACUUACCUUAAAAUUACUCAAAGUUCAUUUAAGCCCUGUUUCCACCAAACACUUUCAGUAUGGUACCUUUGGAACCCAAAGUCACCCUUCAGACAUGGUACCUAGACCCUAGCGUUUCCACCGCAAACGGUGCCCUUAAUGUGGGCAGGGUUGUUGUGACUCACAGCUCCGUCCAACACACUGUAUUUCCUCAUUAUUGGUGACACAAAUUUUAGUCUACACCUCAUGUAUCAUCCACAGAAUUAGGCUGCACGCCGACAUUUCACAGAAUAAAUAGAACAGGCUGCAGUGAGAGUCUCUCUUCCUUUCAUUUUAUAGUUAUAUUUCACUAAUGUAAGCAAGACUUCCACGGUAUGAACAGUGGUUACAAAACCAGCCACAACUCACCCCUCAGCAAGAGUGACCAUCCACUAUUGGCCAAUCAACAGACUGCAGUGUUCACAGCUCCACCUUUUAGUACCAGAUCUGUGUGCUAGGUAACCCAAAAUGGCAAAAAUGGGGACGGUACAGAACAGCUCCAUUGGUACCAUCCACAACUUUUUAAAGUGUAAAUGGAAAAAAUUAGUACUGAACUGAACUGAACGUACCAUACUGCUUAAUGGAAACUGGGCUCUAAAGUUCAUGCGGUUCUGAACACCUGUCUCAUGGGGAAAGUCCUGUGUUUUGUGACAGAUUCUCUGCCCCAACCUGCAUCCCUACAGACUACACUUUGAUUUUUCUGGUCAGCGCAUUGAUCACUUGAUUGUAGCCUUCAAAAAUAUGUGGGUUAUGCAUGAAUUACUGACAUAUGAUUAUAUGGGAUAUGUAAGAAUAUGGCUGCAUUACUUUUCAUAGGAAAACGUACAAACAGUUUACAAAAGCAGCAUGGUACAAAAAAACAGUUUUAAUCUCAAUAGCUAAUUUCCCACUUAUGACAACUGUACAGGAGUGUAUUUUUAUAUAACUUUACGUUUAAUUUUUAUUAAGGCUUAAAGUUAUGAAUAAUUAAGGAGAGAGAGGUGGGUGCCCUCCGUUGACAAGUCCAGUACAAGGUUGGCUAGCUUAACAAUGGCAUAACCCCAGAUUCAGAGAGUAGGUGUAGCUGUCGCUGUCAGUGUGUUUUCAGUUCAGGAGAGUUAACAUUUUGGUUGCAUUAAAAAAAAUUGUCGGGGCAUCGGUGGCUUAGUGGUAGAGCAGGCGCCCCAUGUACAAGGCUGUGGAAUGAGGGUGGUGGAGGAUGUUAGGGCGUUGAGUAAGGGGAUGUUGGAAGUUAGAAAGAAAAGUUGUAUUAGAGGUGAUCUGUUGAUUUACAAAGAGAAGUCUGUGCUUUUAUUUUUCUCUCAACUAGACGACUAUUUUAAACAUCGGUAUUAGUCAGGGCUCUCCUCCGCUGGUUAUAAUUUUGUCAGAAUGAGUCAUCAAUGAGAUAAUGAUCAUAUUUCUCCUGUGCUAGCCAUCGCACUCAUUUUUAAUAACUUUUGAAGACAGACUUGUCAAGAUUGUCCUAAUAAGACAAUACAAAGACUCACACAAAAGUAUCCCUCUCAAUCAUCACUGAUGACCCCUAAGCAGUGUGUGGCAGUGUCUGUGUCUGCAGAGAACCUGCCCUCUGCAUGUCCUUCCUUAUUUUCUUCUUAAUUUGGUUUGUUGGGAUGUUUCUGGGUGUCAGUCUUUUGGUAGUGGCGUGUAACCUCCAGCUAAUAGCAGCACAAGGUCAGACCUCUUUAAAAUAGCGACCAGGUUACAUUGCUGUCUCGGUCUCUUUCCUCUGCUGUGUGCAUGCAAGCUGCAGAUCUCUGUGUCUGUUUGAUUGAGGGCAUUUUACACUUUUUAAAAGCUUUUAACAAGAAAGCCUUUUAAUUCCCAUGCAAUGUAAGUUUUUGUUUCUUUUCAUACACAUGUGACUUGUUUGUUAUGUUUAUGUUUUUAUUCCUUCUGACUGCAUGCUUGC